AUGGACGGAACUUUCUGCUCCUCUCAGCGUGGCGUCAUGUCUGGAGGUGAGCGUCUGUUCCUCUGUAAGGACCCGGCUGUAUGGAGAGGCGUUUAUGACCAAUACUGGGCUGUUGUGGAGGCAAAGGCUGCUGGGAAGCAGAAGAGUUCAGGGAAACUGUUGGAAUUAGAGAAAUGGUAUCAGAUGCAGCUUCCAGCAGAGAUUUUAGCUCGGACAGAACGUUCUUUAACGCAGCCCGAACUGGUCAAACUCAUGGAGUGGAAAUUAACCAGAGGGAAGUUUCGUCCCCGGCUCAAGCAGCUGGUUGGCUCCAACAGCGAGGAGGUUGUGCUUCAAUGCACCAAGAAGGCGUUCUGUCUCCUUCCUGAUGUCCAAUCAGCAAUCGCGGAACUGAGUACGCUCAAAGGGCUCGGACCUGCUACAGCGUCAGCUGUAUUAGCAGCAGGAGCUCCCGGAGAGGUCGCCUUCAUGGCCGACGAGGUCGUAGAGAGCAUCGCUGAGCUGAGACCGGUUCGAUACACGGCUAAGCACUUCUCUCUCUUUUUGGAGAAAAUACAGCACAAAACUCAUCAGCUCAACGAAGCCGACAGUCAACACGAUUGGACCCCUCAUAAGGUGGAGCUGUGUUUAUGGGCGUGUCAGAUUCAGCCCUCCCUGCUGAAAGCGUUGCCCCCGAGCGACAGCCCCAGCAGAGAGACCGAAGACGAGGAGACCGGAGAGAGACGGUCUAAGAGACGCAAGACGGAAUAGUGUACAGCGAGCGAUAUGUUGUGUUUUGUAGAAUUGACGUGCACAGGAUGGAAGCACGACGUGUCGAAGGAGACGAGGAGACUGACUAUAAAUAAAAUGACAAAGGAAGUUUAUGAAAAGUAUAAAUGUGUAUUUCUAGGGUCAGAAUAUCCUUUAUGUGAUUGGAUAAUUAAAUGAUAUCCCAGCA